UAGUGACUUCAAAAUGCCUGUUGAUGAAAGCAGAAGUGACAAGCUCAAAAUCGGGUCGUUUCAAUAAACCAAAAGAUGCAUUUGAAGAUACUGAUGGCCUUUACGAUCCUGAGUGUGAAAACAGUGGCAUGUUCAAGGCUAAGCAGUGCAACGGGACCUCCUGCUGGUGUGUGAAUACCGCCGGUGUAAGAAGAACUGACAAACAUGACACAACCUUGAAGUGCAACCAACUAGUCAGAACAACGUGGAUCAUCCUUGAAUUGAAACAUGCUGAGAGAAAAGCUCCUCUGAGCACUGAGUCUCUAAGGAGAGCUCUGGUGGAUACCAUUACAAGUCGUUACUUGUUGGAUGGACGCUAUAUAGGUGAUGUUGUGUAUGAAAACCCUUACAUUACUGUUGAUCUGAAACAAAAUUCCUCAAGCAAGUCUGCUGGCGAUGUGGAUAUAGCUGAUGUGGCUUACUACUUUGAAAAAGAUGCAAAAGGUGACUCCAUCUUUCACAAUGACAGAUUGAACAUCAGUGUUGAUAAUGAAGCGCUGAAAUUUGACAAGAUGGUGGUUUACUACGUAGAUGAAAUAGCGCCAGAGUUUUCCAUGAAGUCAGUGACUCCUGGUGUCAUUGCUGUCAUUGUAGUAGUAGUGCUAGCAGUCGUUGCUGGAAUUGCUGUACUGGUUUGUUCAAGACGAAGAAAAGGGAAGUACGUYAAAGCAGAGGUAAACUAUAUAGUCGUGGUGAUAAAGAGGUUGGGGUAACUUUUGGCU